AAGAUCAUCUAAACACAUUUUGUUAAUAGAAAUUACAAAUCAGUUCUUUGGGGACGACCCAUAAACAACAGAACCCAAAAAAAGGCUAUGGAUUAUCCCCAAGGCAUCAACAAAGUCUCCACUUCUGUUAUUGAUAAUGACAUCAAAUUGAAGAAACAUAACUUAGAAGCUGAGAAGCGACUCAAAAAAGUGGAACAAGAUUAUCUCCACACAAGUCAAAAGUACACAGAAACACGAUCACAGUGGUGGAGCUUAAAUGAUGAGAGAUACCGCGCUGUCAAUAGCUGUCACUCUGCUGCAAACUUCAUUAACCGCUGCAACAAGCUGGUAGAGCAAUUACAGAAGGCUCUUGACAAGCUACCUGAAGGAGAAACAACAGAAGAAACCAUUGAUCAUAGCCUGCAAUUCUCGUUACUUCAGCAGAAAGCACAAUUUCAAGAGCUAGACUAUCAUGGAAAAUACGAAUUCAGAGAAUUUAGCAGAGAGCUAGACUGCAUUCGGAAAAUAAUGCCUAGAAGUGACCGCAGAAAAGCUGCACAUGAUCUCCUAAAAGAUGUUUGUAACCCCACAAGUCAUGAAAGUUUGAGAAAAUCUGUGGAGCUGGAAAUAAAAGUUCUGAAGAAGCUGAUCAGAGCGCUUCAAAAAGACUGGGAAGAAAAACUAAAUAUAAAGCAAAAUGCAAAGAAUAUAUAUAAAGAUUUCGAACAAAAGGUGAAGCAUCUAGAGAAGAAAAAGGAACAACUUGCGAGACAGCGGGACGAAGAAAGAAAAAUCAUGCUCGGGACGAAGAAAACGCAUGAUAGGAAGAUAGUCAAAUUCAUAGAAAAAGCCCUUCUCGCCACCGGUUCCUUUGCUCUAUCCUACACAGAUCCUGAUCAAAAAUGGCUCAUCAGAAAGCAUCUAACUUCACUCCUCCAAGAUUAUCCAAACUUCGAGCUCUCAACAGAUACUUUCAAUCACAACAACGGCGCCAAAGUUCAACUCUUUUGCCUUGAAGGAUCUCUACGUAUUCGAAACUCCACUACACAACUCCCAACCGUGCAAUUAACCAUUUGGAUUCACGAAAACUACCCAUUAACCCCUCCUCUAGUGUUUAUAAACCCUAAUUCGAUUCCAAUUCGCACCAACCACCCAUUCGUCAAUUCUUCAGGAUUCACAAACUCUAGAUACAUCGAAACAUGGGAACACCCACGGUGCAAUUUACUCGAUUUCAUUCGAAACCUCAAGAAAGUUCUCGCUAAUGAUCACCCAUUUCUACACACUGAUUCAAUCCCAACUCGGAAUCAAUCAGUUUCGAGAACCGAAGCCUUAGAUCGAUUAGCUACGAGUCUCCACUACGACGUUCUAACAAUCAUGGAGAGAUCAGAGGAAGAGAUUGAAAACCUCUGGAAACUUCAAUCAGAGGUGAAGCAAAGAUCUGAAUCCGUUAAAACAAUCAUCACUGAGCUUGAGAUGGAGAGAGAGACAUUAAAGGUGAGAGCUUUAAAUCUCAAAAAUGAUUCUGAUGAUUUGGCGACAUGGGUAGAGACGAACUAUCAUAGGUUGAUGAAAGCGACGUCGAUGGAUAUGGGAAUCGAAGAAAUGUUCGAAAUUGAAUCGGAGAUAGAGGGGUUGGCGGGAGACGACGCCAUUGAAGAUGUGUUGAGAGUACUAGAAGAAGCUGCGGAGAGAGGAGAGUUGGAGAUAGCUUUGUAUCUAAAGCAAGAAGCCUGCGAUCCAGUGUUCCUCAUCGCUGCGGGUGCACCGAUUCUUAACGUACACCCACUUCCCCAGAUUCCUCGCCGGACCUUUCUUUUCUUCUUCUCUCUUUGUCUCUUGUCGUCAACGUCUCUCUCCAUCGAUAAUUUUCAUCAAGCUUUUCCUAUUGUUGAACCUGCUCCGGGUCAUACAAAGCUUCAGCUUAGUAGAGAAGGUUUGGAAGCAAUUAGCAGAAUUACAACUCCUAUUUCUGCUGUUGCGGUGAUUGGCCCAUAUCGGUCUGGAAAAUCAUUUCUACUCAAUCAGCUUCUUUCUCUUUCGUGUUAUGAAGGUUUUGGUGUUGGACACAUGCGUGAUACCAAAACAAAAGGUAUUUGGGUCUGGGGAACACCAUUAGAGCUGGAGAUCGAUGGAGUAAAAACUUCCAUAAUUUACCUCGACACUGAAGGAUUCGAAAGUGUUGGAAAGUCAAAUGUUUAUGACGACCGGAUUUUUGCUCUGGCAACGGUUAUGAGUUCUGUGCUUAUCUAUAAUCUGCCUGAAACUAUCCGUGAAGCUGAUAUUUCUCGGCUCUCCUUUGCUGUUGAGUUGGCAGAAGAAUUUUAUGGAAGAGUAAAGGGUGAAGAUGUUGCUUUUGAACCGUCAAAGCUUCUGUGGCUUAUCCAGCGUGAUUUUCUGCAAGGGAAAUCGGUGAAGCAAAUGGUGGAUGAAGCUCUCAGACAUGUCCCUAAUGAAGAUGGUAACAAAAAUAUUGACCAGGUUAACCAGAUUCGGGAUUCCUUGGCCAUAAUGGGUGACAACAGCACAGCCUUUAGCUUACCACAGCCUCAUCUCAUGCGGACGAAGCUGUGUGAUCUCAAGGAUGAGGACCUGGACUCUACCUAUGUUGCAAGGCGUGACCAAUUGAAAAAGCUCGUUGCUAGUAUUAUCCGCCCAAAGAUAGUGCAGGGGAAAACACUAAAUGGGAAGGAAUUUAUUUCUUUCCUGGAACAGAUAUUGGAUGCUUUGAAUAAAGGAGAGAUCCCAUCUACAGGAUCACUAGUUGAGGUUUUCAACAAAGAUAUUGUUGAGCGAUGUGUUAAGCUGUACAAUGAGAGGAUGGUAGGAUUGAGGCUACCUAUGUCUGAAGAAUCUCUCCAAAGUUCCCAUGAAACGGCACAUAAUGAAGCUAUUAAAGCAUUUGAUGCACAGCAUUUUGGCAGACAGCAUGCAAAGAAAUCUGUCGAUCAGUUGGAUGAACAAAUGCAGGAGGUAUAUAAGAAUUUUGUUCUUGCAAAUGAAUACCAAUCGUCGAAGCUCUGUGAGGCGCUAUAUACAAGGUGUGAAGAUGACAUGGACCACUUACAGGCUCUCCGACUCCCUUCCAUGGCUAAAUUUAAUGCAGGUUUCGUGUACUGCAACAAAACUUUUGAGCAGCAAUGUGUUGGUCCUUCAAAACAAAACUAUGAGCAAAGAUUAACUAAGAUGAUGGGGAAAUCGCGGUCUUUGUUCAUCAAAGAAUACAAUAACCGACUGUUCAACUGGCUGGUUGGGUUCUCUCUUGUAAUGGUGGUUGUGGGCCGGUUUAUUAUAAAAUUCAUUUUAUUAGAAAUGGCGGCGUGGAUCCUUUUCAUAUUCUUGGAGACAUACACAAGGAUGUUCUGGACAGCAGAAGCUCUGUAUUACAACCCAGUCUGGCAUUUCAUCGUUGGAACAUGGGAAAAUGUCGUGUACAGUCCCGUUCUCGACUUGGACAGAUGGGCGAUUCCUAUAGUCUGCAUAAUUGCACUUUGUGUGCUUUAUUGGCGGUGUUAUGGAAAGAGGAAACACGGGGCUCGCUGGCUUCUUCCGCUGUACAACAAUCAGAAGAAUGGCCGGAAUAGGGAACGGUCUGAGUAAAAACACGUUCCUCCUCAUUUCCCUUACACUUAUAGCAUCUUCUCGGGCAUGCUCGUUGUUUUUAUCAUCAGAAGCUCUCUGCCCGUUACUACCAAUUUUUUGGACGCAUGCAGAAGAAUGAAGAGAGGAUGAUUGAUCGAUCCAAGUUGGUUUGAUUGUACCAUUUACAUAGAAUGCCUUUGUAAUGUUUAACGUUAUAUAUACAUAAAUGGUUUUAUACUCU